AUUACCACUAGUCCACAUACUACGGCCACGGAGCACACGAUGGUACAUUUCCCAACCUCUAGCAACCCGACGGCUUUAGAUGUGUUUGGAGUGCCAAGCCUGAGGCAGUCAGGCUUGAGCUUCCGGAGAGGGCUAAGACCAUGAACUGAAACCUCUUUCCAGCCAUCAAACCCGUGUCAACCAACGUGGAAGGCUGGGUCAGACUGGGUCUUGCCACCAGCGGUCCUGUCACCCGGCUUGGACACCAGCAGUAGCUCUGGAGCUAGCAGCCACCCUGCUCGGAUGCCAACGCAUGUUGCUUGCAGUCACCACAGCAUGCACGUCCAAGUCCUUUUAGAAAUUUAUAAAUGUCUUUGGUUUGCUUCCAGCGCCCUUGAGCGGAACUUCGGAGCGCGGUCCAGCGUCAUGACAAGAACUGGUCACUGCAUAAGGCUUCGGUCGCUUUGCUAGGCAAUGCUUUGUUGGUCGACAUGGCUUACCCCAUCUGAACAUAACAAUAUGCUGUUCGCAUAGCGUAGCCUAAACAACCGCCAUCAUCUGCGCCACCAUAAACAGGGCUUAGCCCAGUGCCAGCACGACAGGACAUCUGUUCGGCGUUUAUCCUAUUUGUCCAUUAUGGAAAUCGACGACGGGGGAGGUGGCGAAAUUCUAGCAGCUCAUCCGGCCCAGAAGUCGGAAACGACAUGGAUAGACCUACCAUACCAUUUAUUGGAGGCGAUUGGAGGGCAUUUGUACGGCAAUGACUACCUGGCUGCUCGCCUGGUGUGCCGUACAUGGCGCAUGGCAAUAUCGCCGGUCACGCAGACGAUUAAGGUCCACCUGCACCACCCCAACCUGCGACCCGCGGGUCGGCUGGCGGCCGUGAAGAAAGCCUUCCCCAAGGCCAGCCGUCUAACCCUGUACGUGGAUGCGACCACCGGACCCGAGCAGGCGGUUAACAUCAGGACGGCAUGCGCCGCCACCCUGCAAGCCCUCUCCGCCACCUCCGCCACUACUGCCGCCAUUGCUGCUGCCGACGGCAGCGGCGGAGCCGGUGGUAUCGGCGCUGCAGGAGGGGCGUCAGGCCCCCUGCCACCAACAACAGCUGCAACAGCUGCAUCAACAGCCAUCAUCAGCGGCGCCAGCGGCAGCAGUAGCAGCGGUGGCAAGGACGACCACGCCGGCGAUGCUGGCAGCAGCAGCAGCAACAGCAGCAGCAACGAAAACAACGGUUUGCGCUGGCAGUACAUGUCGUUGACGGUUGGCAUGUCCGUACUGCCGCUCAAUCGCGACCAAUGGGACGCCACCACACACCGCCUCACGCGGCUAAGUCAGGUUGUCGUGCAGCAGGUGUUGUACGGCAUGUCAGAUGCGCUGCCGUACUACCCCCACCUGCGCCACCUGACCACGCUGGAGCUCACGGCCCCGCCCGCGCUGUUCGCCGCCCUCUCCCGCAUCCUGGCGGGCCAGGCUGGGCCGGGGAGCGGCGCCAGCAGCAGCAGCAGCGCAGCUGACAAGGACAGGAACAAGCACCGAGACAAAGCACAGGGCAAGCAACCCUCCUCAGCAGCCACCACCCCCACCACCGAUUCCACCUCCACCACCACCACCAGCAUCACCCCUGCC